GUUAAAGAACUUGGUGUAGCAAUUUAUAACUGCUCUUGCCUUGCACUCGACCUUUUCAAAAUUUUCGAGAUAUAUUGGAGAUUGGGAGUGCCUAAUCCAUACAUACCGCCAGAGUGGCCUGCAGAUGUGCAGACAACAAUCAAUAAGGAUAAUCCAGUUACUGUCACCAUGAAUAACUCCCAGAUUUUGACCUAUAUGUCCAGUUCACCACCACCUCUUUGUGCUAAAGGUCGUACAUCUGAUUUGGACAGCAUUCUAGAUACAAUCAACAGAGCUCAUACUUUUGUUUAUGUUGCUGUGAUGGACUAUUUCCCAUCAUCUCUUUACAUGGACAAAACUCAUUACUGGCCUGCCAUUGACGAUGCCUUGAGAAGAGUUACUGUUGUGAAACGACUUCAAGUUCGAAUUCUAGCAAGCUAUUGGAACCACACUAAACCUGCAAUGAUGUCAUACUUGAAGUCCCUUCAAGCUUUGAACAGUGAUUUAUUUGAUAUUGAAGUAAAACUGUUUAUAGUUCCAACUUAUACUGAAGCUCAAAGUAGAAUACCGUUUUCAAGAGUCAAUCACAAUAAAUACAUGGUUACAGAUAAUGCUGCUUAUAUAGGAACGUCUAAUUGGGCUGAAGAUUAUUUUACUACGACUGGUGGUGUUGGAAUCAUUCUCAGAAAUUCUGUCUUGAACUCCACUGAAGUGAACAACCCUGUUCGGGAUCAACUUGAAGAUGUUUUCAAACGAGACUGGGCAUCAGAAUAUGCUCAUCCACUUGGAAAGUUCAAAGAUAUCACCCGUGUCAAAUGCUUGUUGGGGGUAGCUUGCCAUUCAGUACCCACAACUACUGAGCCUAUUUCAACAACACCCAUUGAUCCAGGAAUCGAGGACGCUUUGCACAGCCCAGGAAUGAAAAACAAACCUGAAUUUUGCAUUUUUAUAGUUUCAUUUGUCAUCUAUAUUUGGAAAAGUUGUGACAGCUUUCAUAUAAUAUUCAUGAGAUUUAAAAAUAACUUUUUAUAGCAUCACUCCUUGCAUUAUUAUAAGAGUGAAUACUGGCGAGUUUAUUAUCUUGAAGAUUGUGUUCUGUAAAAAGUGUUGCUUUUCACUCAUAAAGUUUUACACUGCUUGCUUUAUUUUGUUUUCAUUUUUGCAUGAAUA